AUUUAUUAAACUAUAAAUAUAAAUAUACAUUUGAAAUAUAAGAGAUUAAAGUUUAGUAGGUAAUAAAAGUAAUUGACAUUUGACUUUAUCUUGAUGUCUUAACUUGAUGUUAAAUUGUAUUAUAGACUCUAUCUGGAAACUAGUCUUGGUAUCUGAGUAAGAUGUAAGUAUCUACAAAAUUGUAUUAUUACAAAUGUGGUUUUUUCGCUUAUAUAGUUAUUGUUGUGAAUGUUGUGAUCAUUUUAAAUUAAAAGUUUGUACGGUGUACCUACAGUAUGAUAUUCUCUUCAGUACCUACGAAUUUUUCGUUCAUCUAGUUCAUCUUGUUGUAACGUUUUGAUUAUUUUGAAUUAAAAGUGCGAAUAUAAAAUGGAAGUGAUUCGAAAUAAUAAUAAAAAACCUCAAAUUCCAUAUGGUGGAUAUUUGUACAACAUUCAAAAAGAGUGCAAAAGUAUGAUUCGUUGGAGAUGUACUAAAUCAAGUUCAAUGAAGUGUCCCUGUAUUUUAAAAACAGAUUUAAAUAUUGAUAGUCCAACUUUAAUAUCCAUUGAGCACGAUCACGUACACGAGCCAAAUGAAAAUAUGCUUUCUGCAGUAAAAAUUAUAAAAAAAAUGAAGGCAAAAGCCACAAUAACCAACGACGCACCUAGUCAAAUAUUUUCUAAUGCAAUAUUAAAUGUUCCGGAGAGUGUAUUAGCCGAAUUGCCGAGGGAAGAUUAUUUAAAAAGAAGUAUUCGAAAUCAUAGAAGGUAUAAAAAUCCACCAAAACCGAAAUGUCUGCCGGAAAUAAUUGUUGAAGUUAAAUUAAAAUUUUUAAAACUAUUUAUUUCGUUUAAUUUGUAAACAAGAUAUAUG